GAUGAUUGCUGUCACAGAAGAAGCCGCCAACGCCACCACCGUCGCGUUGCUGGCAACCAGGGCACAGAAGAUCGCAGACGACACGGCCACUGGCCCCGUGCGAGAUCUGGUCAAUCAACUGCUGGAGAACCAGUUGCGGCAAAUGGAGCUCAAGAUGCAGCAGCUCAACGUGCUAGAGCAGGCGAUCGUCGCGGAGAAGGAGCAGCUUGCCAAGGAGAAGUACCAGCUCUACGUGGAUCGGCUAGCGUUCUCCCAGGAGAAGCUCAACGGUCGAUCCGGACCCUAGAUCCCCCUACAUUUCAUGUUGAGUGGCCGGCAGGAAUCACCCGGCGUUCCUGUGGAGAGCAGAUUCCAAUAAAACGGUGAACUCGUUCCCCACUUAUUCACAGUUUCGAUGGGCUGAGGUGUCGGUUAGAUGGUACGUUUUGCUCCAAAAUAAUAGAGCCGCGGCGUCUCGGUGGUAUUGUGUGCAGGCAACGAUGGAGGUCGCCUACGCUGGAGCGACUUCGCUUGGAGCCCAAGGAGAAGCAGCCGCAACGGUGACAGUAACGGUGGACCCUCCGACCUGCGUCGUGCGAACAAAGGUACACUAACAGUUUGACGAGUUUAUUCGAUCUAAGGCAAUUGCAGGGCACGCGACUUACUCUCUCGGUUGCAUUGAACUACUGUUUAGAGCGGCCAAAUUGUGCUCGAUGCUCUGACAAGUCCAGUCUCGAACAUCAAGAGCGUGGAGCUGCGCAACUUCAAUCUGGACCAACUGAGUGUGCAGCAGCUGGACUUGCUCUUUGGUGGAUGCAGUCACGAGUGCCAGAGCUUGUCGUUCGAGAAGUGCACGCUCUCCGGGGACCGCUUCUUCGCCAUGAUGACGGACCGGUUGACGAGAAACCGAGUCAAACUGGCGCACUUCCGAGUGAGAAGGUGAGUGAACGCGCUAUCUCUGAAGGUUUGGGUGAGGAACUCACGCAUGGUUGUCAUUCUGACGCGAUUAUAGCUGCCAGCAAGUGAGCAUGACGUCUCUUAUCGCCAUCUCGGCGCUGUUCACGUCGUCCCUUGUGACUCUGGAGCUGUCGUCAUGCAAGCUGCCGCGACAGGCUGGAAUCAUUUUGAGUCAGUCGCUUCAAGCCUGUACGUCGCUUCGCCACCUGCUCUUAGCCGACAACAACAUUCGGGACGGUGGGUUACGCGCCAUCGCGGAUGCGCUAAUUCUGCUGAAUGCAUCAAGCGGCAGUGCUGUGUCCGUAGCGCUUGGUCAGGAACAUGACUCGGUACCAUCAAUGCUGGAGCAGCUUGAUAUUUCUCGGAAUGGAAUCACAUCAGCGGGUUUUGCCUCCCUAACGCAACUUCCAUUACGUCGCCUGAGUGCAGCUGGGGACGCUAUUGAGAGUGGCGUGGGGGCUCUGCUGCUGAGCAAUACCUCGAUGUUGGAGACGCUGUGUUUGCUGGGGAACCCGCUCUCGGAGGACGGCAAGCUGGAGCUGGUGCGCUCACUCUUUCGGCGGCGAGACAAGACUGGCAAGAGUGCCUUACGUGAGCUCGAUUUGCGAGGGUGUGGAUUCAAUUCUGUGGAUGGUCUGGAUUUACUACAGCGCAGUUUCCUGCAAGCAGCAACCGCCGGCCAGCAGUGCUCUCUUCAGACACUCUACCUAGACAAGACUGCAGCCCCUGCGGAAGAAGACUGUGACAACAAGCCGUUCAAGGAAGGCUGCGAGAGUCUGAAGGAUGUGGCGAAGACAAACUUUCCAGGUCUGCGUCUUCAAUUUCAGUCAGGUUCACACGUGGAAGAUCUGCCAGAUCCUGCGCAAACGGCAGCUCCAUCUCGAAGUGCAAACUCCGUCCAAAACCCUGGCGAGCCACCACAGAAGCCCAGAGCAGUCGAUGCUGCGAGCAAAUUAGGUCUCACCAGUGAGCUUGAAGCCGUGGCGAUGGCGACCAAAACGAGCGUGAACGCUACUUUGGCUUCCGUUGCUGGGCUCACCUCCCCAUUACCAAGACAACAAGUCCUGAGUGCAGAAUACUCUCGCCCGGAUAACUCCGUCAUGCUUCACGCGCUCGCAUCUGAUCCACUACGAACACCAACUGCGAUAAUCCAAGCGCACCCACUGCAACAAUCCAGUAUCACAAACACAGCGACAAUGCGAGUUGAGCCUGUAGCUCCCUUGCCAAUGCAGCACAUUGACGUCGAGUACAUCGUGAGUAAGACAAUCGAGUGCAUGAGCCACAACUUCGAACAACGGCUUGGUCAAUUUCUAUCCCGAAUGGAGACGCAGCAGCAAGAGCGGGUGCGUAGCUUGCUGAGUUCGAAAAGGGGUGAGUAAAGCUAACAAUGCGUGUAUUUAUUUGAAACAGAAUUCCUCGCAGGUGCAGUUCUUGGCAGCCAAAGUGGAAGCGUGCGAGCGUGCACUGCCACGACUGGAGGCGCGGCUGGAUAUGCUGACAGAUCGCGUCGCGGCUGGAAGUGCUCAGCUGGCCAAAUUGCAGACGGAUGUUGCCCUCCAGAUCCAGCAACUUCGGCAGGAAGCGCUCACACAGCAGAUGUCCAACCCGUACAACUCCGGAGCCUUCAACUCCAGGCAACUAUCGCCCACGAUGCCUCUCUCCUCGCGGAUGCAAUCGCAAGUGGAAGAAAUGGUGUCCAGUAAACUCCAAGCCAGCGAGCAACGAGUGUACUCUGAAGUGGACCGGAUCCGUGCUGCUCAAGCCAAUGCGGCACCGACAGACCCACAUGCUGUGGUGAAUGCAGUUUCGGUCCACUUGACGCAGUUCAAGCGCGAGUUUGAUGCCAACCAAGCGGGCGUUCUGAGCCAAUUCACCGAAAGUGUGAGCUCGGAUGGUCGUCGACUGGAAGAGCGGAUCGCUCAGGUAGAAGCUCAGAUUGGCAGCCUCGAAUCCGUUAUUCAAUCGGAGCAGCAAGCCUCACUGUUGGCUUUGGAGGCGAUCUCCGAUGCCUUCAACGAUCCGGCUGCCCCAGUCUCCACGCGGAAGAUGUAGCGCUACAUGUAUACAUGUACCUGUACCUGUUUAGUGUACAGUACAAGCAAAGCAAUUGAGACAGGCACGUGGCGAUGGUGACAUGGUGCGAGGAAAGCAAUACAGAUUUCAAAACUCGUCACCACGACCAAAAUGCCCUAGUUCCGCUCCAAAGACAACCUACUAAGAUAUUAAUAUCUCCGUAGCGAUGACAAGAUCAACCAUAGCGUCAUUUUGAUAACUCUGGGUUGUCAGACAAACUUGAGUGAUAUUUCCCAUUUAAUAUCCUCAUCAUGUGAAGCAUGACACCUGCAUGUACGGACCGCUCAACUCCUUCUGAAGCCUAUGCCCAGACAAUCGGACAUAGGAUUGCGGUGAGUCUGCAACGAGUCGCGUGGCCAUACGGAGGAGCUGAGAACAGAUCCAUCCAUACUAACGAUCUACAGCAUACGUGUAAGCUGCGAUUGAAAUGGAGGCAACGGCUGAUCUACCGAUACAUGUGUACCUGUAACGAAUUUUCCUGUGAGAGCUGUAUCUGGUCAAAUACACUCCACGACAAAAAGAUAUGGACACCACCAAAAGUGGCUGUAACUUCGUCAUUUUUUAUCGUUUUAAGGUGCGGUUUGGACUAGAGUUGCAGAACACGCUGAUAAAGAUCUGCACGCGCGCGCUUUUGCGCUUCUUCAGGUAGCUCACAUACAAAUCACUGGUUCUGCCCAGGUGACAAAACUUAUGGACAGCUAAUCCCCAUGCAAAAUCCUAUAUUAACCAAAACCCCUUACAAAUGAUACAACUUGGACUUUGUAUGGGGCGACAAAGGAACCCAUGAUUUCUCCACUCUACCUUAGUACUGAGCCAUAUAUCAUCGACCAACAGUUUAGAAUGGAGAAGACAAUCGUAUAUCCAAAAGAUAGCAGCAUACAGAGCUACAAAUUGGCACUAACUAGGAUGCAACUGAAGGUGUCUCGCAAGUCAUCAGAUAAUACAUGGUAGCCACCACUCGAAAUUUCAGUCGCUUACUACUUGCUCAGUUCUGUGCGAUGGUCGAUGUGUUUAUUACAGAUCACUAAACACACCUUCUAAUAGACAAUAAUGCCAUCAGAUAUUUGUCUAACGUCGCGAGUAUCGCCGUGAGGCUGGUUCCUUUGUCGCCCCAU